CUUGGAUGAAACACUGCUGAAUCUGCCUUAAGAUGCCACCACCGCUACUACCCAAAAGCUCCAAUCUGGAGCCUGAGAAAGCUCAGUCUAACAAGAUUGUGCCCAGUGAGGAAGACCAAUCUGAAAAGAGUGGAGAGGAUAACCAUACAUCUUCACCUUCAUUUCAAGACAUAGCAAAAAAGAGAUCAGCUUUUGAAGAUCUCACUAAUGCUUCUCAAAGUCAAACUGUCCAGUCAAAGAAGGAAGACAAUAUAGAGCUUAGAAGCCAUGUUUCCAAGAGGACAAACAAGGAAGUUGGUGAAAUUACUCAGAUAAAAACUUCUAAGGUGGGACUUGUCACCUCACUGUCAAACAUGGAGAAACAGUCUAAAGCACUUACUACUGAGAAAGCAUCUGUUUUUCAAAAGACAUUAGUUUUAAAUGAGGAAACUGCUACUGAAGAGACAAGAUUUAUGAAGAAGACAUCACAGAGGCGUGCAUAUCAUCAGGAGACAUUUCAAAUAGAGCAGUCACUAACCUUGAUGGAGGAGACGGAAGUUUACGAUGGGCUUGAUAUAGAGCCAAUGGCUUUAGAAAUGAUGGAUAAUCCUGAAGAAGCAGAUGCCAUUGAGGAGAUGAUUGAUUCAAAGAAACCUGCCACCAGGAAGGCAGCUUUCACCUCGAAUGCUUUCACCUCAAGUCCAUUAUCUUUAAAGAAUAAACCUGCUGUUCAAGAAGAGAAGUAUACAAUUCAGGGGAAGAAUUCAUUCAAGAAGAAAUCAUUAGCAUUAAAGGUGGUGACUACUAGAGAGAAGUCAGUGAUUAGAAAGCCAUCCUUCAAGAAUAAGCAUCCUGCCACUGAGAAAUAUAAUAUUCAAGGGGAGGCAAGCAUCUUGAAGAAGCCAAGGGUGUUACAAGUGACUACAUAUAAUAAAGAUGGCAUUGUAACAGAGCCAGUUGCUUUUAAAGGGAAACAUAGUACCAAUGAAACAACUCACACAAAAAAGCUAUCAUCUUCUAAAAAUAGUCGUGACACUCAGGGAAGCAGCAUUAAUUUUAGGUCACUAGGAGUUCAGCCAGUCACCCAUGAACAUGAGCCAUUGUCCUUUAAGAAGUCUACCACCAAGAAACAUUCCCAUUUCCAAAAGCCAUCUGUAUUGUCAGACAAGAACGUUGCUCACGUGGGGAUGGCCACUGUGGAGAAGUCCUUGGCUCUGCAAAAGCCUACCACUGAGGAAGUGGUAUUGCAUUUUAAUGUAGCUCCAGUUUUGAAGAAGCGGUAUAGCAUGGAAGAGGCCCCUCGCAUAAAGAAGCACUCACCUCUAAAGAGGAAGCAGCACCUCCCUAAAAGUAAAUAUUUCUUCAAUAACCCUGCAGUGCAAGAGCCAGUUACUAAUGAGCCAUUAUCCUUCAAGAAGUCUACAACUGAGAAAGAGCCCCCUUUCCAGGUGCCAUCUUUAUUACGAAAGAGGCGCACUAGUCCUGGGGUAUUGUCCAAGUCGAAGAAGCUCUGUGCCCCUCGAAAGCGUCACUUGGAGGAGGAGUCACGUUGUCGGUUAGCUUCAGCUUUUAAGAAACGGCGCAUUAUGGAGGAGCCAGCCUUUACCCACAAGCCCUUAACUGUAGAGAUGCCGCAGACUUUUUCUCAAGGGACAAUGUUCCAUUUAAAAAAUCCACCAGUAUUACAGACAGACACUUCAGCAGCAGAGUCACUGGCUAAGGAGCCACUGCCCUUUAAGACAGAAAAUACAGCUAUACCGAAAAAAAAGUGUGCUACUCAUAUACUCCCCCUCUGGCCAGCUCAGGCAGAGUGGCUGGAAAGAACUAAUGAAAAUAGGAACUUGUUCUCUACAAAGCCUGGAUCACUUAGAAAUGAAACUAUAACUGGUUUCCAAGAGAAUCCAUCUUCACUGAAUGAAAAGUACUCCAUUCCACAGAAACGAUCCCUCUCAAUGCCAUUGGCCUCACAGACGACCACCAGUCAAGAAGGAGCAUAUAGUAAGGAAUCAUAUAGUAAGGAAUCAGCGACUUUAUAUGAUGACAAGAUGUUCUUCUCUCCAGAGCUAUUUUCUCCUUAUAGUUCUGCUGAUGAAGAUACCUUUAAAUUCCAGAUGUCUUUAGACUUGCAAGAGAAGACUGAUAGAAAAAAGGACUCCCACAGACAACUGUUUGACUCGCAGGACAGUGUUUCUGAAGAAGAGGCCUUUUUUAGAAAGCUCUUUUGUAAGGACAGAUAUCCCUCCUCUGAGGAAUCGAGCCAAGAGAAGAUCAUUGCUCUAGAGCAGGAAUUUGUCUUAAAGAAGGUAUUGGAAGAGAGCAGCAGUUGUGAUGUUGAUGAGUCCUUUAGUUAUCACUCACUGAACUUUCAAAGCUAUCCCAGCACUAAGGAGGAGGCCUCUGUGGAACCUUUAAACAUUCAGGAGGAACUCAGUAUGGAGAAAAUGGCUGUCCUUAUGCAGCCAUCGAUCACACAAGAUAAUUCUUCUGAGGAGGCUGUUCUUACAAAGUACACCACUGACACACAAACUCACUCCAAGCAAUGCUGGACCUUGCAGGAGACAGCAAGCAUCAAGGAGGCGGCAAUUGUGGAAGAGCCCUUAGCUUCACAGGAGGAGAGGCCCCAAGCUGAGCUGGUGACUGUCCUGAAGGAGCUACUGGUCAUAGUGAAGAAGCCCAGUGUGGAGAAGGUAGCCUUGACCUUUCAGGAGAAACCACCAAGUAAUGUAGAGGUUCUCUUGAAGGAAGUAUUGGAAUUGGUGGAGAAACCUAGAAUCGAGGGAGAAUCUGUGUUGGAGGAUCCUUUGGCCUUGCAGGAGAACCUGAGCACUAAAACAGAGGCUACCUUGAAGGAUCCAAUGGCCUUGAAAGAGAAUCCCAACAUCGAGAAGGCAAGUCCCAAGGAGGUUUUGACUUUUGAUCAGAAUCCUGACAUUGGGUAUGAUGAUGAUGUAGCCAGAAAGACAUUAAAUGUUGAGGAGGAGUCCAUGGAUAUACUGGCAUUGAAUGAAGGACUCACUGCUGCAGACCAAUUGUCCUUUACAGAUCUACUAGCUUUUGAAGACACUAGUAUUAUUGAUGAAGAGGAAUUUUUCAAAUCAUUCCUUGUCUUUCCACAUGAGACUAACCCUCAGAUGCCCACCAAUGAUUUAGAAUCCAGAGCAGGUGAUUCCAAUGCUCUUGUGCCCAUUGAGGAGAAGUUUGAUCCUGUCAUGAAUUCCAGUCCAUAUGAAUCUUCUUCCAAAGACCUGCAGUCAUCUGUGGGUGAAAAGCAGACUGAGAUAAUCAUACUAGAUGACAGUGACACAGUGGAAAGUAUCGAAAAGGAAGACCGCAAUCCAGCACUCAACUCUGUAUAUGUCAAGGAAAUCUUCAUUUACUUGAGGAAGAGAGAGGAAAAGUUCAUAGUUAUGAAAUACAUGGACAGACAGAUGGAACUCACCAGUGAUAUGAGAGCCAUUCUUGUGGACUGGUUGGUGGAAGUACAGACAUCCUUUCAGAUGAGUCAUGAGACCCUGUAUUUGACAGUGAAGCUAGUGGAUCACUACCUAAUGAAGGCACAAUGCAAGAAGGAUCACUUACAACUCCUUGGUUCCACUGCCUACAUGAUUGCAGCCAAAUUUGAGGAAUCCUAUCCACCUUCUCUGCCAGAGUUCCUUUACAUUUGUGAAGAUCUUUAUCAGCAACAUGAUAUGGUUGCCUUGGAAAUGAACAUCCUGAAAACCCUCAACUUUGACAUCAAUAUUCCCACUGCAUAUCAUUUUCUACGUAGAUAUGCUUCGUGUGUCCGUGCUAGCAUGAAGACACUAACCUUGUCCCGCUUCAUCUGUGAGAUGACCCUGCAGGAAUAUGAAUAUGUCCAAGAGAAGCCUUCAAAGCUAGCUGCAGCCUCCUUUGCCUUGGCCCUCUACAUGAGGAAUCUCAACAACUGUAUUCCUUUACUAGAACAUUACACUGGCUAUGAGAUUGCUGAGCUUCACACCUUGGUCAGGAAGCUGAACGAUUCACUGAUUUUCCAACCCCAUAGUUGCCUCAAGAAUGUGUAUGAGAAGUAUGCUGAAGAGGCCUUCUUUGAAGUCUCCAAAAUACCUCCUUUGGACAAGAACCUUCUAGAGGAGAUUUUGUUGUGGUCAUUAUUGGGCUGAGGACCUCUGACAGCAGCUGUCAAGAUAGACAUACACAUAGGCUGCAUUUAUCUUAUGAUUAAAAUGUUCCUUUUAUAAG